UGCUACGUUGACGCUCCAGAAACACGUUGAGCUGAGUUGUCAAUCAAGCUGAAUCAAAGCGAUAUUUUUAAUUAUAAAUCCAGGUUACAUCUGUUGUAGCAGGAUGCACGGGGCCGUUUGGGCUCGUUGCUGUGUGUGAGGCUUAGAUCUCUGCAGGACAUGUUGGUUUAUUAUCAGCAACAUCUCAGUCAGGAAGGAAGGAAGCACUUGCACUGCAAAGCUGCAGACCUGAGCUAACCCAUUUUUAUUUACAGCUGUACGACUCAUUUUUGCGCCUUUUUGGAAAUGAGAACGACGGUUGUGCUGUUACAGGCCAUCUCAUGCUGCUGGUUGGUCAGUGCAACACUUUCUAAAACUGAUGCAAAGAAGUCGCACAAAGCUGAGGCUGAGACAACUCCAGCAGAGUUGUCUGUGUUGGACAGAGGCCUUGUUGUGUCAGACACGCAUUGGAAAGACAUAGUCAAGGAAGAAAAGAGAUACUCUGCUCAUAUCAAGAAAGGAUUUCAAGGACAAGUGCUCGGAUAUGUUACACCUUGGAACUCCCAUGGCUAUGACAUUGCGAAGAUGUUUGGCUCCAAACUAACCUCAGUGUCACCAGUGUGGCUUCAGCUUCGCAGACGGGGACCUGAAACAUUUGACGUCACUGGACUCCACGACCAUGAUCCAGGCUGGGUCAAAGCUGUACGCAAGUCUAACAAGAAAGUCAAGAUAGUGCCUCGACUGUUAUUCGAUGGAUGGUCUUAUCAGGAUUACAUGAGUGUGCUGGCCAGUGAAGAUGAAAUUGAGGAGCUGGCAAGUGAGCUGUUGGAUGUUGCUAAGACUGAAGGAUUUGAUGGGUUUACUUUGGAGCUGUGGAGUCAGCUUGGAGGCAACAAAAGAAAGGAGCUCGUCCAUUUAAUAAAACACAUAUGUGAGACUUUAAAGACGAAAAGACUGGACUGCAUCCUUGUCAUUCCACCUGCUGUCACCAGUUCGGGACAGCCGGGUAUGUUUGGCAGGGAGGAGUUUGAGCAGUUGGCUCCGGCAGUUGAUGGAUUCAGCCUCAUGACGUACGACUACUCCAGUGGUUCAAGAUCAGGUCCGAGCUCUCCCUUGCCCUGGGUAAGAGACUGUGUCCUCCAGCUCGCACCUACUACUCAGUGGAGGCAAAAGAUUCUGCUUGGACUCAACUUAUACGGCCUUGAUUUUGCAAAUCAGGGAACAGAGCCGAUUCUAGGUGUCAGGUACAUUGAGAUUUUGCGAGAACACAGACCAAAACUACUCUGGGAUGAAUAUUCAGCUGAGCAUUAUUUCAGUUACAAGAGAAACAAUGCCGUUAAGCAUGUGGUAUACUAUCCUUCAUUAAAGUCCAUGUACCUGAGGAUCUCUUUAGCUACUGAACUGGGGACUGGGAUUUCCUUGUGGGAACUAGGACAAGGCCUGGAUUAUUUCUAUGACCUCCUGUGAGAGCUGGACUUGAAGCAGUGGACAUUGGUUCAUCAGCACAUGUAUUUUGUUUUUAUUCUCGAUCAUGGUGCACCAAAAAUUUAAGUGAUGUAUGCAGGUUUUCUUUUCCUUUGCUAAACAACUGAAAUGAACACCGAAAUGAGCCUUUGAAACAGUUUGGUUAAUAUUCAACUUGGGCAGCUGCUGGAUGGGGUCAAAAGUUUGGAGAAAUCUUGUUGACAUGAAAGCAAUGGAUUUGUUGAUUUUAAAACAGUAAACAACAGGUACUUCAGUAUGUUUUAUUCAUUUACUCUGAUGUCACAGUAAAAAAAAAAGCCAAAAAAAAGUGUACAUUUCAGUCAGAGUGCA